UUUUGCUCGCAAUACACUUGUUGAGUAUAGAAAAUAUGUUUCUCAGUUGCUCGCAUAUAUUCACAUAGUUUAGUCAUGAGUCGUAAAUUGCCGAUGACUUUAUAUCACAAUUGCUUCAGCCCACCGUCACGCAUGGCAGUGCUGGCUGUAAGAAAUUUGGCACUCGAAAUUGACGUUAGAAAUAUUGACAUCUACAAAGGUGAACAAAAUACUCCAGAAUAUCUCAGAGUUAAUCCUUUGCAUCAAGUUCCAUGCUUAGUUCAUGAAAAUUUUGUGCUGACAGAAUCAAGAGCCAUCAUUAUGUACCUUGCAAGUCUCACUGACUCACCGCUUUAUCCAACAAACGAUUUAAAGAAACGUGCCCUUGUUGACUCACGAUUAUUUUUUGAUGCGACGAACUCAUUUGUGGCUGUCAAAAAUUUUGCGCGACCAGUUCUUCGAUCAGGCGUCAAAAAGAUUCCAUCAGCAGCUCGAGAAGACAUCAAAAUUUUACUCAACACACUCGACUCGUUCCUUGAUAAAUCUGAGUGGUUUGCAGGCGAUGAGAUGACAAUAGCUGAUUUAGCGAUACUCGCGAGCGUUGGAACUAUAAAAUGCUGGGGUGUGAACUUUAAAGAAUUCCCGAAACUAAAUGGAUGGUUUGAGAAAUGUAAGAACUUGCCUGGAUUCUCUGAAAAUCAUGAAGGAAGUCAAGCAUUGGCUGAGAAGUUAUCGAAAUUGCUGGAAGAGCCUUUAUGGAAGUGAUGAUUAAACAUCAUUGCACUUGAAAUUUUUUUACGAACAAGCGAAGUUCUUCAAUUUCAAUAAAAAAAUUGUUAUCGAGACCUUUUUUGUUAUCUCUUACCUCACAUAAUUUUUGAGUAGAUUAAACGUAUAUAAACAAAAAACAUAUAUUGAA